UUCCCUAAUUGAUCAGCAACAUAACAACAAAACAACAUUAACUGGGACGACUUUAAGUGAGGAGUUACUGUCGUGAAGACCCUCGCCUUGAGGUGGGUAAUUAGUUAAAGUGACCCAUAACUACAUGCAAGGCUACAGAAAGUUAAAAAAAAUCGGCAUGUUUUAUCUUGAGAAAAGAAGACUGAGGGGGGACAAUCUUCACAUACGUUAAGGGCAGUUAUAAAGAGGGCUGUAAUCAGUUGUUCACUAUGUCCACUGAAGGUAGGACAACAAAUAAUGGGUUUAAUAUUCAGCAAGGAAGAUUUAGGUAAGAUAUUAGGAAAAACUUUCUAACUAUAAAGGUACUUAAGCUCUGGAGCAGGCUUCCAAAGGAGGCUGUGGAAUCCUCAUCAUUGGAGGUUUUUAAGAACAGGUUGGACAAAAACCUCUCAGGGAUUGUCUAUGUCGACUUUGUCCUGCCUCAGUGUAGAAAGCUGGACUUGAUGGCUUCUUGAGGUCCCUUCCAGCCCUAUAUGUCUAUAAUUCUAUGAAGACUCUACAGAUUGGGAUGUAGAAUGUGUCCCUGAUUCUGGGACAAUAAUCCCUUGAUCAAUGGCCUGGUUAUUGGAGGUUGUAUCAAGAGGUCUUGGAGAUCUGUAUACCAACACAAUCUUGGCCAAGCUGGGACUAUCAGUAUUAAUGUUGCCUGGUCCUGUUUUAGCUUUCUGAUCAACCUUGGGAUCAAGAGAGUUGGAGUAAAGGUAUAGAGAAGACCCUCUGACCAAAAAGAUGUAUGAUAGGUGUACCCCAUUUCUGAAAUAGGAGGUUCAGUAUUUCGGUCUUCAAAGAGCACUCGUGGUGGCAUUCGUGAUAAGAAUCAUUGUUGUUGAUUCUGGAUUGCAGAAGAGAACUCAGGCACAGACAUUAUCUGGGUCCACCCACCAAUCCAGGGAGGAAAGCACUCAUUGAGGUUCACAAAUCAGCAUGUCCAGAGAGUGCCUGCUUGGAUGUUACAGAGUGGAACCAGACCUGCAAGCACCUGAGACCAAUUCUCCAGUUUGUCACAGUCGUUUUCAAUUAUAAUCCUCUCCUCCCAGCUUGGUGCCAUCUGCAAAUUUUAUAAAUGUGUGCUCCAUUCCAUUGUCUUGAUCAUUGAAUAGUACCAGACCCAGGACCCUACUACAGUGGCUCUCAACCAGGAGUAUGCAUGCCCCCAGGGAAAUUAAACUUCUGAACUCAUCUUGUGAAACUAAAAAUGAAUUCUCAACCUGUCAUCUUUGUACAGCCCCAAUUUUCUGUGGCUACUGCACAAAGUAAUGUCUGGCAGACUGGGUUGGUGGAUUGCUGCAGUGACUGUGGAGUCUGCCUAUGUGGAGCAUUCUGUUUCUAUUGUCUUGGAUGUCAAGUAGCAAGUGACAUGAAUGAAUGCUGCUGUUGUGGCGGAAGCGUUGCCAUGAGGACUCUCUACCGGACAAGAUACGGAAUCCCUGGAUCCAUCUGCUCUGAUUUCUGCACUAUCCUGUGGUGUCCUGUGUGUGCUCUUUGUCAAAUAAAGAGAGAUAUUAACAGAAGGAAGGAAAUGGGGAUAUUCUAGUAAGAUGUUCCUAUACUCGUUGGUUGUGAGUCCUAUAAUUUCCAUAAGCAAGAGUCUUCUCAUUUCCUGCUGUACUUACUGUUCAAGAAAGUGCUGUAUGCAUUUUAAUUUGAUUGUUGGAAAGCACUACUUAUCUGAAAUAAAGUAAAGUAACAACCUCAAA